AUGUCAUAUUUGAGGGCGACAAGAGUAGCAUCGAGAGUGAGAUUUCUCUCCACAAAACAGUCCACCUCCUCAAUACAAGAGAUUGACAAAUACAAUGACCUUCCACCGAAUUCGCGAGUGUUUUCAAUGAUUCAACCAACAGGCAGAAUACAUUUGGGCAACUACUUGGGUGCAGUUAAGAGUUGGAGGACCUUGUCCAAUACUAAUCCUGAUAGUGAGUUCAUCUUUGGUAUUGCAGAUCUACAUGCAUUUACCACUCUCAAACCCGCUACUGAGUUGAAAGAGAAUAGAUAUCAAGCAAUUGCAAGUCUAUUAGCCAGUGGUUUAGAUGUUAGCAAAUGUGUCUUAUACUUUCAAUCUGCUGUACCUGAGCAUCUGGAGUUGAAUUGGUACCUAACAUGUAUGACCAGUAUGGGACAAUUAAAUAGAAUGACACAAUGGAAACUGAAAGCACAGCAAUCACAAACAAGUUCAAUCACAGAUGAGAAGGUAAUGGAGUCAACAAAAGCUGGAUUAUUUUGCUAUCCAGCCUUGCAAAAUGCUGACAUUUUGCUAUAUAGAUCAACCCAUGUUCCAGUAGGAGACGAUCAAUCGCAACAUUUGGAGCUUUGCAGAAACAUUGCCAAACUAUUCAAUAAUACAUACGGUGUCGACUAUUUCCCCUUGCCAAAAACUUUAUUAACUCCAGCAAAAAAAAUUCUUAGUUUGAAAAACCCAGAAAAGAAAAUGUCCAAAUCUGAUCCUGUGCAAGCAUCUUGUGUUUAUGUGACCGAUUCGCCUGAACAAAUUCAAUCAAAGAUCAAAAAAGCAACCACAGACUCGAUUCAAGGAGCUUGGAACUAUGAUCCAGUAUCAAGACCAGGUAUAUCAAACUUGAUCAAUAUUAUAUCGGGCUUGACAAAUGAGUCAAUUGACAACACUGUUGCCAAUUUACAUCAUUUAAAAGACCACAAGAGUUUAAAGGAUUACGUUGCCGACUUGAUCGUCAAUGAAUUCGAUGACAAGAGGCAAUUGUAUGAUGAACUUCUCCAAAACAAAGAUUACCUUGAACAAGUUUGUAAACAAGGAAGAGACAAAGCUAGAGAAAUGGCUCUGGUAAACAUUGGCGAGAUCAAAACCAUCAUAGGGAUGGACUAA